UUCUUAUUGUUUUAAAAAUUCUACUGGAAGAUCAUGCAUUCUUAAAAUUAGAGAAGAUAUUGCGAAACAUGCCGGUGCAUCUCGUGCUAAUUUUAGUGUUCUACCUGAUAUUUCAAAUGUCCCUUCUUCAAUUGUAUGCACUAGUUGUGUAAAAGCUGUAGUGAAUACUUUUUUAAACUAUCUGUCUUCAAACCCCGGAGAUUUUGCGAUUUUAGGCACAACUCAAGAGGAGAUUAACAAAAAACUCAAUAUACUGCAAAAUGUGGUUCUUCAUUUUAGUUCAUUUUCACUUUAUUUCUUUUUUUUUCUAAACGGUAAAAUUCCCAACACCACAUUUUCAACAUCGUCAAUAUCAGAUCCAAGCUCUAGCUUUAAUGUGUUUGAUAAUUCAAUUUAUAAAGGAUUAAUUAUUGGUGGUAUUGUUGUAUUAGUAGUCUCAUUUACUACUGGAUACUAUAUCCAUAAAAACGAUUAUAUUCCUACAGCAGGAACAAAUUCUGAAACUAACGAAGCAUCAAAGAAAUUUAAACCCUAA